UGUUUCCCACGCCGCUUGAUACCGUCGCCUGUUUACAUGCAAGCCUCGGAUGCAAUCAUAUGUUAUGUGUCAGUUCCCAUUUUAUCAGUUACAUUUUCUCACACAGUGUGUCUAGGUCGGUGGGGAGUUUUGGACUAUUUGUUCCGCAGUCGGUCAAAUUCAGGGUCGGGUUUUCACUAACUUAAUUAUUAUUAUUUUUAUCUACCCAGCUUGCAGCGACAGGCGUUGAUAGGUUCAAGGCGGUACGUACGCACAAACUGACAAGCUGUAUCAUCUUAAAAAUCAAUGACGCGAGUGUCGGAGACGUAAUUAUACGACUCCUCGGUGUUUUAGUGGGCUGGGCUUGGUUUUCGUUGAAACAAUUUUUUUUAUAGAAAAAGAAGUACAAUAGCCGUGUAUCAGUUAUCACCGUUAUAUAACAUUAUCCGUCACUAAACGAUAUGAACAAAGUGAAAAGGGUGAACAAAACCGAGGAAAAUUAAAUUCAAGAGUCCUCCGCGAAAAAUUGCGAACGUGUCGAAUGGUGGACGUGAAAAUACUCGUGUAGUGAGGUGGUGCAGGAAGGAAGUUGUACAAGAGAGUUCUUACACAUUGCUCGUUUGUGAAAUUGUUUACUUACCACCUUCCUGCAGUUCAUUCAGCGUGAGACGGUCUGAGGUGUGCAUCGGAUUUCAGUGUUUGAGUCAGCCUUUUUCGCAAGUAGGCAUUGUCAGAAGUUUCAACUCAUGCUACCGAUUUCUAACAGCUAGAAGCGUGAUAAACCGCGAGUUUAACAUGCCAUGCAUAUAUGUCGCCGUUUUUGCAUGACUAACAAAUAAACGCUUGUUUGAUUACUCGCGCUUCUUCCUCUAACCACCACAAUUGAGCGCAGAGCUAACGAAAGCCCCAGUGAAAAUUGUGAACGUUUUAGUAGAUUGGUGGGAAAUAAAACACUACUGGUGCAGACCGAGGUUUGCCACAGAGCGGAACGAUGGCCGGUCCGCAUCUGGAUGAGUCGACCGUAACGACACCGUCAAUAACCGGAGGCGUCGUGGUGAACACGGCUUCCCUCAGUCUCUCAAGGCCAACAAACUUCGACGGUUCAGUAUGCACGAUUGAUGACUUUAUUUCCCACCUCAAACACAAGGACUUGGAAAAUGAUGUUUCGAAAUACCUGAGCCACAAACAGCGACCGCUCUGCCGACGAGUGCUGGCUUAUCUACGGACCGCGUGGAUGGGAGCCAAGUUUACAUCGAAAACUGAUCUGGACUGUGAGCUCGAGGAAAUCGUGACCCCACCGAAGUACCGGCCGGAAUCGAUUGCGGCACUAUGCGAGGCGACGCGUUUUACCGAGGCGGAAAUCAAGCGAAUCUACCGUGGCUUCAAGGCGGAGUGUCCGGCCGGCAUCAUCCGGGAGGAGACGUUCAAAUUCAUCUACUCGCAGUUCUUUCCCCAGGGAGCGAAUACAAGCCUAUACGCACAUUAUGUGUUCAACACUUUGGAUAAGGAUCACACUGGAAUUCUGAGUUUUGAGAACUUCGUUCAGGGUCUAUCGAUACUAUCUCGAGGCUCACUGGAAGAAAAACUAUGUUGGACGUUUUCGCUAUACGACAUAAAUCAUGACGGAAAAAUCACUCGAGAGGAAAUGACUGACAUCGUGAUUGCUAUCUAUGAACUGAUGGGAGCUCGUGAAGACGGUGGCACGGAUGACGCACAGAUUAAAAGUAAAGUAGAAAAAGUAUUUCAGAAAAUGGACACAAACCGUGACGGCGUGAUAACCAUAGAGGAAUUUCUUGACUGUUGUCGAAAGGAUAAGCUUAUUUCGGAUUCUAUGGGCGUUUUUGAUUCAACUAUAUGACCUUUGGAUAAAAUGCACUCAAUUCCCGCGUUUGUUAUGGGACAUGGUGACACCACCGAGAGUCUUAACGGCAUCAGUCAACAAACCGAUAUGUAUAAAUCAGAUGCAUCCUACGGACCAAGGACAGAGGAAAUCCAAAAGACUGCCACCAUACCGAAAUCACAAACGUCAACCAGCAAUCCUACGAGUAAGUCCACCCGUGCGAGCAGUCGCAAGCAAUCAAUCCUGAUGAAUGGGAGGGCGAAGCAAAAGCCAAGCAACGUUCGAUACCAUCAUCACCAGCAGCUCAAACACUACCACAUUCCCUUCGAUACGUAUCAACCGCAAUCGACAUCGCGUCCCACGUACUGUCCCCGCAGAUCGUACCCGUCCGGCUGUACCGAGUUCCCACCGCAGAUGACUGGUGGAAUCGCCACCAUCACCCCACUUGCCACGGGCCAAUGUCGACCGGUGGAGCUUAGCUACCACCCGCAACCGGAGAUUCCUACUUUGGUUAAGGUAAAAUCCUGGUAUACCGUUUCCAAGCAAGGCUUGACAUACUAGAAGAAACAGAUUCCUACGGGAGCUUGGACUUUGCAACAGUAGCUUUAAACUCAGCGUAGCGUUCGGAUUCGAAUCCGCAGUGUUAUAUUUAAGAAAGUUGUUAAUAUUGUUAGAUGAAAAUCUGUUCUUAUUUGAGUUCCCUAUAGAAUCCUAAUAGUAUAUCAGAUUUAUUCUAGAUAGUUGUAUAGAUCUCAUGGACGGCUUUCUAAUGAACAACAAUAUGUUUAUCUAUGGUUGAAAAAUGACACAUUGUAUGCUAGCCUUGACAGUUACUAAACGUUAACUUGCAAUCCUACGAAUCCACUAUUAUGAAAAAUGUCAUUGUGUCUGAGUUAUUUAUUAUUUAAUUCAUCGAAGUCAUUUGAAUUGCCUGUGUUUUAUCGUUGUAGGCAUACCAUUAAUUGUUCACAAUUAAUUUGCCACUUGCAGAACUUUGUUACUAGGAAAUCUGGUCGCAUUUUUUGUGUUACUCGGUGCGCAACUACGUUUUACGAUGUAACUUUAUAUUAGUAAACGUUCACCAAUAAAUCACUCAUGCGUUAGCUACAAGCUGUCAGGAAGAUGGGAACAAAUCUUCCUGCCAGAACUCGAAAAGUUUGACGGUACGAAUUGCAGAUUUUUCAAACAUCUUCCUGAGCAGCAUACUAUUGAUCGGCAGGUUAACAGCAAGUGUCAUAGUAGAACUAAACAUUAGAAACUGCAUUUGAAGGUGCUGAUAACGACCUAGAGCUAUCGGAUUAUGAUAUCGCUAAGAAAUUCGAUAGCAGCCAAAACACCAGAAAUAUUCUUCAGCGAGAAGAAUAUCACUCUUUUCGACCAGUAAGCAACCAAAUAGGAUACUGAAACACAAUCUAGAUGCCAGUAGAUGUGUUUGUAAGUUAUACAAUGUGAUUAUUAUGAAAUACGAAAAGAUGUAUCAUCUAGGAUGCCGUUUCGUGCGUGACGAUGGGUUACGGGCAGCUUCCCGGACUACAGUUCUAUAAAGCCAUUAAUGGAGGUGAUGUCCCUAGCAAAUUUGUUUUAUCCCGUUCUACAGUGGUACCGAUACAACGGGGUGGAUUUCUUUGAAAAAGACAUCAAUUCCGCAUAAUCGAGAGGUAUCGUGCAAUUGUCGAAGAGAAGUUGAUGAAGAGCUCUACUUGUAUUCUUAAAACACCCACUGGUAGAGCUAAUAUAAUAUUUGAUCUGGCGCAUACAGACGUGUGCGAUGCCUAACAUGAUCGCAAAGCGGUGUAUCCAGGCAGAGUUGUACAUCUCCUCUGUGUGACGAAGAGCAAGCAAAAUUUCUCCCCUCGCACUGACAACUUCAACGAGAGCUCCUCUCUUUCACAUAUAUACACCACUGUUGUAUAAAGUGUGCUCGCAUCAUGAGUUCGUUUGUUUAUUACCUUUUGCCUCCUUCACUGAAUCGCAUCAAAGUGCUAGAGCAGAUAGAGACACUUUCACAGAGGUGUACACGCCGGUGAGCACUCUGGUGUAUGGUUUGCGUAGAAAAAGCGCGGGCACGAAAAAUCAGCAAAAUAAAACAAUUUAUCGUUAAAAUUUUCGGUUUUCAUUGCAAAUUUUUCAUAGCAAGGCCAGAUCUACUCUCUAUUAAUUGAAGUUCACAGAAGUGUUCGCCCACCAUCACGCGCCAGUGAUCACUUGGGUGUAUUUAGGCGAGAGCACGUGAGAGCGAUUCGUGCGAAGAGAAUGUUAUUCUCUCGCACCAGCUUCUUUCAACACAAGCUCGCACUCAAAGUCUGUCUGUCUGGACACUGAGAAGAAGUGCGCUUUCCUCUUUGUGUGGAGCGCAGCAAAUGUAUCCGCAGUGUAUAAUUGAAACCUACGCCCUGGUGUAUCACUCUAGUGAAAUGCCAUCUCUGCAUCUAGGUAACCAGUAGGCACUAAUAAUGGCUGUAGAGUGGCCUUUUAUAAGCAUAGAAAAUUCGUAUUGCUCUAUAUCAACAUUCUGAAAGGUUCCCUGUUGUAAAUAAAUCAGCAUUCAGCUUUCAAAAUUCACACUCGUUAUAUAUAAGCCUUAUCCAUGAAUAGUCCUAUAUUUUGUCAAUAAAAGCCUUGGUAUUACAUUCCUGUAGAGGAAUUUGACCUUCUGUUUCAAAAGACUUCUCAGCUGAUUCAGAGUGUACAGAACCAUUGCAUGGCUAGUGCUACGAUUCUACUGACACUACGAAUCUGUCCAGGUUGGAGCUCGAACAUUCGACAACUGGUUUGUAAGACCAGUGCCCUAUGCAUUAUUUUGUCAAUGUCAACUCUAAUUCAGCCGCAAGAGCGAUUGAAAUGCCAAUAAGUGAUUAUUUGGUGUCAUAAUGCGGCAUUGCUAUGUGCUUAUUGGUUAACAGGAGUAGAGGUUUUUAUAGAAAACGAUGCAGCGCAAAAGGUUGUUAUAAAAAAAUUAGCGUCAUCACAUGAGCAGUUUGACGCCAUGACUAAUGUGCGAAAAGGAAGUGGCUUUGCAUGUGCAGACUCACCUCAUUAUUUGUCUCGGAUUCCUGAUAUCAAUUCGCUUAUGACGGGGAUCAUGGCGUUGCUAAUGGUAGUCCGGAGGGAUGAGCCCAAGACCGUACUUUGCGAUCUGUUUGCGCAACUGGCGACAACAUUGUGACCGAAUCCGACAAACAGUAACGAGUCGGCCCGACGGGCAGCGGCACUUUCUUACUACGGAUGACCGGAAAGUUCUCUUCAGAAAUCCACCUAUCGUCAACUUUUUCUCGCGCACUGUGACUAAUGUUCCGACUACUCAGUAAGCCGUAUCCAACUCCUGUUCUCACUCAUUGCGAACGCUGCAUUGUCCAGAACUUGAAACGCGCACCUCAUGGCCGUGACCGAUAAAUCUGAUCGCCUUUCAUCAACAACUUCACCGCUUAAGCGGACUCGAAUCCGCUGUUUGCGCCCAGAUCGACCGACCGUGGCCGCAUCUCGACCGCAAGAGACUCUUUUUGGCGGAAAGACCCGCCUGACUUCUGUCAAACCGAUCAGUGCGCCCAUCUAUCUUUGUAUCUCAUCUGCACGUUAAUCGCCAACUUCUAAAUUAGCACACUAUGUAAUUUUACUCAUAAAUAAAACUUAAACAUUACAAGGUGUUGGAUCUGAGGUGGAUAUAUCUGGGGUACGAUACGAGGUUUUCGACGAGUUCAUAUAUCUUGGUACACCAGCGACAUGCAAUGUCGAUGUUAGCCGUCAGGUAAAAAGACGCGUUUUUUAUGCUAAAAGAACUCUCUAAAAACUCUGUAUUCAUUCAAAAUGCGGAGCCGGGGUAGGUUGGCCGAGUUUGACAAAAUAUCUGAAACACAUGAAAUUCAUCAACGUUUAUUCGUGAAAAAAAGUUAGCAUGCACCAUUUUGUAUAGCGAAGGUAUGUAAAAAGCCCCCCUCGUUACUUUUGGUCUUAUUCAUAUUAGACAUAGUUUCGGAAGCAUUAGUGAUAUUUUUGUAGUUUUCGCAUCUACCUUUUCCUCCUCCAGCGUUCGCUAACGUUUGGGUUUGAAAUGGUUUUUGUUUCAUUGGAAAAUCGUUGACGGAUUUAGAUUAAUCCGAAAUUUACGACCCUUACUCAUUCAAAUUAGUCGUUUUGAGGAGAGGUCUUACGACUUCAGGAUUCUAUUGUGAUGGGCAAGUACAUUAAAUUUCUGAAAUUGAAAAAAAAAAUUGAUGCCAAAAGUCUUAGAAUUGCAUAAAACAUUAAGAUUUAGUGUAAUUAAAAAAAAAAUUUUUUUAAUCGACUUUCUGGAACAUAAGUCCCAGAAAGUCGAUCGUUUUCAAAAAAAAAUUUUUGAGGUAAUACUAAAUCUCGACGUUUCAUGCAAUUUUAAGACGUUUGGCAUCAAAAAAAAAUUUUAUCAACUUUCUAGGACUUAAGUCCCAGAAAGUCGAUUAAAAAAAAAAUGUGAGGUGAUACUAAAUCUUGACGUUUCAUGCAAUAUUAAGACGUUUGGCAUCAAACAAAAAAUUUCGAUUUCGGAAAUCUCAUCGGAAAGAUCGAAAAUUUUCAAACCUCAAUCGCCGGGUAGCACCCCGUACCCAUGUCCGAUUUAGCUCAAAUUUUGCAAGGGGACUUUUACGAAGUGCUUAAACUUUUGAGCUCCAUCGCUUUACGAAAUUAGAGGUAAUCCCAAAAUGUUUUUUUUAUUCAAUAAUAAAAUAUAAAGGCACACUGCUAAAGCUCUAAGAUGCCAAGGGUAUUUUCUAAUCUUGAUUAACGACUAACUUAAAACUAGGAUAUUAUCAUUAGGGUAGUGACGUAUUCCGGUCGCAAUGGUCUAUUCUGGCAGAUUCAGCCUGCAGCUGGCGAUCGGCAAUGGUCGAUGGAUUGAAUAUAAUACGAGUGUCUUCCAGAUGACGUUUCUACGUAUCAAUGGGUCCGCGAGAAACACCCCCAGGCCACGGAUACCCAGCGGGUGGCCCGCAUGUUGGUCAUCGAUUGGAGCAGUUUUCCGUGGACGAUGAUGGUGAUGUUACCUAAGAGAUUGAAAGAAACAUGGAGAAGUAAUUUUGUGAAAAACGGAGUGAAAAAAGGGGGUAUGGGAACGAAUGACUAAAUACGACAAAGAUCUAAUUAGUUGACAUCGAGAUGGUGGAGAAACGGAGAAAGAGGGAACGAAAAAAUUAGUGACAGCAAAAAGAUCUUGUUAUUUUCGACAGAGAUGGUGGACAGGCUAGGGAUUGGGAGAAUCGGGCGAAUGUUAGGCUCGAACCUAUAGGUGAAGAUUAUUCUUAGCCUCGACAAGAGAGAGGAUACUACGGGUUACACUUGUAUAUUAAUGUGUUUAAGGUACUGGUAUAUGAGAAGCAUAUAUAAACUAUCCCGACUCGCCAACACAUCCCGAACCGGAACCUUGGGCGGUCUACCUCGGGCCCUAAGGGAUUCCAGUAGCUGCGACCUGACGUCACGAUACUCUACGCACGACCACACGACAUGCUCGAUGUCCUGAUAACCGUCGCCACAGGUGCAGAGACCGCUCUCCGCGAGCCCAACACGCCGGAGAUGUGCGUUGAAAGUGUAGUGAUUUGACAUGAGCCGCGACAUAACACGAAUGAAAUCGCGACUCACGUUCAUUCCCCUGAACCAAGGUUUCGUCGAUACCCUAGGGAUAAUGGAGUGUAGCCAUCGUCCCAGUUCGCCAUUGCUCCAUGAAGUUUGCCAACAUUCGAGUUUUCUGACGAGAGAUACUGAAAAAUUCAUUGAAGCAGAUUGGUCUUGUCCCAAAAUGUUGGCACCCUUGUAUGCAUUAGAGCGGUAAAAAUGAUGUGUUUUGUCGGUUACGUCACUUAUACCAUUAUAUCUCCGGAACCAGAAGUCGCAGUCAUUUGAUCUCUAAACUUGAUUAAUGGCCCAAUAGUAGCUUUCAAACGAGUCUAAGUUUGUUGAAAUCGGUUCAGCCAUCUCCGAGAAACUUGCGCGGUAAAAAAUCAACGCGUUUUGUCGGUUACGGCACUUAUACCAACGUAUCUCCGAAACCAGAAGUCGCACCCAUUUGAUCUUUGAGCUUGAUCAAUGGCCCAAUUGUAGCUUUCAAACGAGCCUUGGUUAGUAAAAAUCGGUUAAGCCAACGCUGAGACAAUUAGGCGGUAAAAAUAUCUACGAAAAUUUCACACAUACACACAGUGCCAAAAAAAAGAACAAACGUGCUCCUGUACAAACGACAGCACAAAAACACCUGAAAUUACGUCGGUACAUGGGUGAUCUAGUACUCCACCAAAAUCACCAUGGAUGUCGUCACUAUGCAUAACAGCCUUUUUAUAAAAGCCUUGUCCCUCCGGCCAAACAGACCCAUUGGUCUCCUCUACCCGUAAUUAAAUAUUAUAGAGAAAGCCAAAAAAGGAAAUUUGAAACCUUAUUAAACACGUCAGACUACAAUGAGCUAGACAUGAAGUAAGAAACCCACUACGAGAAAGGGACAAAUUUCAUAUCCAUGAUAAUAAGCGAAAACCAGGAAGAUUGUGAUCGCAAAGCGUUGGAAAAGUUGUAUCGCUCAAAUGACACACACGAGUUGUACGAGAAGGUGAAACGUUCUGCGAAACUGCUCGAUAAACCAUCUACGUACAGGAAAAAUUGGACGGAAACGAUGGGCUGAACAUGUCAUUUAGAUUCCAGAAGACAACCCAAUGGAAAUGGUUCUUGAAGGGCAUACUCAGAGACAUGCAAUUUUGAGAACUGUUAACUUAUUAUUGGGUUUUCAUUACUUAAGCUAUCAUCUAUUGACGAAUAUCUAAAACUGAACUAGUUGCGCACCUAAUAGAUCUAUUGUUACGCCUUUGAAAAUAUCAUUGUAGCAACAUGAGGCUGUGGAAAGCAUAUUAAAAGUCUCAAUCGUAGCCACUUUGUGUUGGUAGUGAAUCAUUUUUAUGUUUGAAUUUGUAAAGUGAAAAGUGAUACACCUCGGAAUUCGAAAAUAAAUAAGUGACUGCCGAACAAAGCGUGGGGAAUUGAAUAGAAUAAAUAUAAUUGUAUGUUGAAUGAAAUUUUUACAUAGUACUGAUUCGUUAACAGAUUUCCUGAUGCAUGUCUUCCUUUUCACAAACUAAAUAAUUACAGCUAGCUACACAAACAAGGCUUCUUGUUGUUCAACUUGGUUAACCUAAUUUACUUUCAUUCUACAUUUUGAGAAUUCCGUGCCUUUUUUUUUCUUUCCAUUACAUUUCCAUUAAAAUCACUAAACAUUAGAAAAAGAUAAACAUAUAAAUCCCCAUACUCAAACAACGUUGUACAACAAUUUAGUGAAAAACCAAACCAUAGUCAUUCAUCACUGUAGUGAGUAUUUACCGUGUUACGAAACCAAUACCAGAUAGAUUUAAACACAGAUUUCUGACCCAUGUUUAAAUUCAAACAAAUAUUCGUUAGGGGCCCAAACGAUAAAAAUUGCAUUAAAACUUGCCAACAAUAUCGAAGUAACUAGUCGAAAACUAUUUGUCGUUUUUGUAGAAUCCAAAUAAGAGUCAAAGUUUUCAAUAUAUUGUGAUCGGGUGCAAGUGUAUUUAAGAUAUUUUCAUUCUUUUAUAUCGAUGUAUAUUGUACACAUUUUGAUAACAUUUUGAGCUGUAUAUUUUCAUGUUUAAACUACGAGUAAUGCAAUGAUUAUUUGAAUACCGUGACACAGGAAAAAUCCUAUGGUAAAAGAACUCAUAGCUACCAAUUCAAAACCGGCGAGCUUUACCCAAUUCCUGAUACAAUUAGUGACUCCAAAGAUCAAAUUGCAAGCUGUUCGAUUAUAUUUAUCGAUGGACGUUGAGAAUUUCCGUUCAACUAUAUACACAUUAAAUGUAUGUAAACCGAACGAUAGUCCUUUUUAGAAACCCGUAUCUGUUCAUGUCACAUUGGAUCUGGUAGUCGUUGAAAGAAAAAAUGCAACCUUAUUACUUAUAAUUGAUGACUACAGUGUCAUUUCAUACAAUAUCCCAUCAGAGUCGAACGAAACACUGAAAGAAAUCAACGAUGAUAGAAUAAAACUCAAAGAGGAAAACCAGUACCGUAAGUGUCUACUAUAGGUGUAAAAUUUGUUAAAUGAUGUUACAGACAAAUAAAAAAAAAGUUAGCAUUCAAAAAUAACACGCAAGAUGCAAGUUCCAUUAUAAAUUUGUUGUCGAUACGAAUGCACCAAAAGACGGUGUGAAAAACUCUGUUAAGCAAUACCAUUUGGACUUUGAAUCUUAAAACAGCCUGUCAUCACAUAGCCGCCACAAUUGGAUGGUACGAAAUGCUUAAAAAAGUCACCUUUAAAGUUAGACGAAUGUUAUACCACAAACUGAUUCUAACGUUGAACUUCCUGUUACUGGCGCGAAACAUACGUUUGUAGAAACUUGUUGUAUAGUUUUUAGAUAUAGACGAUUAUUAAUACUGAACUCGAAUGCAAACAACGGAAUUAACUAUGAAAACGAACCAACUUCACUGAAGUCUAUACUACCUACCUAGAUGAAUAUAAACACCUUGUUAGAAAGUGAAAGAUUAGUACAGACGAUGAAAGAUGUGAUAGUUUUUGCCGUAGGAACUGCGCUAGUAUAGAUUUAGGCUGUUUGAAAAGAGAUAGUAGAAGCGAGCACGAACCAAACCAGAGUUCAGUAGAUCAAUUUUUAUAAGUGUAGGCAACAAAAUCAAAUUUCUACAUGUGAACUUUAACAAUUGAGAAUCGACUAAAACUCAAAAAAAAAUUGAAUAAAUAAAUCGUGUUUAACAAACUGUAAUGUAAUUAUGGUGGAAUGUGUCUGAAUAUCAAAUGACAAAGCGAUCAAAAUAAAUUUACUCCCCUCUGUA